AUGCUGACGUUUAGAAAGACCCAGCAGCAGCAGCAGCAGCAGCAAGGACCUUCCUCGAUACAAAUUACACCGUACGACUAUAACGAUGACACCAAGACCCACGGCAAGCCCAGUUUCACACCAAAGAAUUUCUUAGUACCGUUUGGCCACAUUAGAUCGAUUCGAGAUAUACUUAUACCAGUAGUGAUAUUUCUUGUGAUUCUAUUCACGGUAGCUACGCAAUUUUUCCAAUUUAGCUCGACGUUUGUCCCGAAGUUGCUGGGGUUGGACACGAACCAAGUGCAGUUUUUCGACCUUGCCAACUAUAAGGGAGACCCCUAUGGCUGGCAGUACGAUGAGCGGGUCUUGUUUUGCGUACCCUUGAGAGAUGCCGCUGCCCAUUUGCCCAUGUUUUUCAACCACAUGAAGAAACUCACCUAUCCGCACAAUCUCAUUGACUUGGCUUUUUUAGUCAGUGACUCAAGUGAUGACACCAUGGGUGAACUAAUGAAGCACUUGGAAGAAGUUCAAAAAUCGCAGCAACCAUUUGGUCAGAUUGAAAUCUUUGAAAAGGACUUUGGUCAAGUGAUUGGCCAGGGGUUCAGUGAUCGACACGGGUUCGCGGCACAGGGACCAAGACGCAAGUUGAUGGCUCGAGCUCGCAAUUGGCUUUGGACAGUUGCCAUUAAGCCGCACCAUUCCUAUGUCUAUUGGCGAGAUGCCGACGUUGAGACUGUGCCGCCGACAAUCUUGGAAGACUUGAUGCACCAUGGUAAGGAUGUCAUUGUGCCCAAUGUAUGGCGCCCGUUGCCCGAUUGGCUAGGCAACCAGCAGCCAUACGACUUGAAUUCGUGGCAGGAAAGCGACGGGGGAUUGCAAUUGGCAGAUACGUUGGACGAAGACGCGUGUAUUGUUGAAGGCUACGUCGAGUACCAAACAUGGAGACCGCAUUUGGCGUACUUGCGAGAUCCAUAUGGCGACCCCGAGGUUGAAAUGGAUCUAGAUGGCAUUGGAGGUGUCUCAAUCUUGACCAAGGCCAAAGUGUUUCGCACAGGCUCGCAUUUCCCCGCGUUUUCAUUUGAAAAACACGCUGAAACAGAGGCAUUUGGCAAAUUGAGCAAGAGAAUGGGGUAUAGCGUCGUUGGCUUGCCUCACUAUGUCAUUUGGCAUAUAUAUGAGCCAUCGCAGGAUGAUUUGAAGCACAUGGAGUGGAUGGCGCUGGAGGAAGUACGACAACAAGAGGAAUUGAAGGUCAAGAAUAAGUACGAUAAGGUGUGGGAUAAGGCUUAUAAGGACGUACAGGGAGAAUGGUCAAAGGAAAGAAUCAAAUUUUUGAAAAACACCGAUAUGUCAAAGCAUAGAAAGAUUCAGGUGGACUGGGAAGGUGUUGACGAUUGGCAUAUCGAUGAAGGUCAAAAAAAUGAGAAAAAAUUGGCCGAUUUCAGUCCAUGA